UUUGAUUCAACUAGGUGUAAGUUAAGCGGUAUGGUACUGACGAGAAGUGGCGUGGCUUGUUUUCGUGUAGUAAGUAGAAACACGUUAUUAACAGCAUGGAGGAGAUAUUCUGCAGGUAUUGAUAAAGGCGAGGAAACAACAGAAGUCAAGGUUGAUACAAAUUUAAAGAGAAGCGGAUUUGCUAAAGCAUUUGAAAAGUUCCAGGGCCUUGGAACUGAAAGUGAAGACACGGAACAAUGCCAUCAUUCUUUUGCGACUUUACUAAGGAAUUCAAAAUUAAUACAGUUAGGUGAUCCUGAAGGAAAAAUUGUAAUUGGAAAAAUUUUCCAUGUUCUCAAAGAUGAUUUAUAUAUAGACUUUGGCGGAAAAUUCCACUGUGUUUGCACAAGACCUCAAAGGAAUGGAAAUGACUAUGUUCGCGGAGCCAAGGUCCGUCUACGACUACACGAUUUAGAGCUUUCUUCGAGAUUUUUGGGCUCUAGUAAAGAUUUGACAUUGUUGGAAGCAGAUGCAACUUUGUUGGGGUUAGUGUGGUCACCAGUCCAAGAAUCAUUACAGAAAAAAGAAGUUAAUACAUGAAGUCCUUCCAGUUGAACCAGUCCAAAUGAAACCAAAAGAAAGAAAAGUUGAAAACAUUGUGUUAGGUGUUUUUAGUUUCAUGAUUUUUGUGGCAUACUUUUAGAAUCACUGCAUUCUCAGUAAGCUGAAUUUCUUUUUAGUUAAGAACUGUUGCGGUAAUUUAAAAUUUUGACAUCUAUAUUUCAAAUUUAACAGUUUGAUAACAUAAUAUGAAAAAUGAACACUGGUUAUAGACGAGAUGUAAUUAGACAGUUUUUGUUGUUGUUUUUUAAUAAAGGCAAUUUUUAUGCUUAACA